AUGAAGCUUCUCUCUUGGGCUUUGCUUGCUCUGGCCCCCGCCCUUAUCGAUGCCACUGAGCUUGGGUACUCGACCACUACUCCAUCCACAGUGAACGGCAGUCUGAGCUUCGGAUCCCACUAUGCCGUGUUGAACCUCGACUUAAUCACUGCCCUGGUGGGGAGCAUCAACACAACUACCAAGGGCCAAGCUUUUAUCAAGAGCACCGGCAAGUGGAUCAACGCUGUCCACAGACAAAACCCUCCUCCGAUCAGCAUCUUCAGCCGUAUCUAUUUCUCCACGAGCCUAAUGCCCGAGGUUUCGCUGUCUGCACCUUUCUACCAAGAUGUAGCCGAGGUCGGAAACCUUACAGAAUCCGAUGAACUGUCGCAGCUCUAUCCUGCUUUCAAACCUCUUCCCAACUACGAUGUCGUGCUACAAAAGACUCGCUAUUACGCGGGAACAGAUAAUACUCUGGUCCAGAUUCUACGCAACCAGAAGAUUGACACGGUUGUCCUGGUAUAUCAUGUCAUUCCGUUUAAGAUGUCGCAUUCGUGGGGCAUGUCCGGUCUGCGAACUUCGGGCGUAAUGCUCACAACUGCUCUUGCCCUCUUCGAUCUGGAUUUCAAUGUUUACGUUAUCGCUAAUAACACCAUCGAGACUGGAGAUGAUGCGACCUCGAUCAACAAUGUCAUCUUGCAGAGUAUUCUCCCGAAGAUGCCUCUUAAUGUCAUCACUGUUGAGCAGGCCAUUGAUGCGCUCUCUCGGUCUAACGCGACAUAUUACUAG